AGCAUUCAGUCUAGUUUGUGCUCUUCGGAUGUACCGUUCUGAAAUUCUCAUCAAUCAGUUGAACUGGUUUUUGUUGUGUUGUGUAUAUCAUACAUUAAAAAAAAAUGCUCGCUAGAAAGUGUUCUUCGUUAUUUACUGCUCGUCAAAAAUUACUUAAAGGAAAUGAAAUUCUCUGGUCAAGAACUAUGUCCGCUGGACCAUUGCUUCACGAGCCUGAGAGGCCAGUGGUAAUGACUGACAUUCCUGGACCUCAGUCCCAAAAAUUAUUUAAAGAAUUAAAUAACAUACAGCAAGCUGGUUCAGUUCAAUUAUUCGUUGAUUAUGAAAAGUCGACGGGUAAUUAUGUGUCUGAUGUUGAUGGAAAUAUUUUAUUAGAUGUUUAUAUGCAAAUUUCAUCGAUGCCCCUUGGUUAUAAUCAUCAGGCGAUGCUCGAUGUUUUGGCCGACCCUGUUAAUCAAAAAAUAAUUGCCAACCGACCGGCCCUGGGAGUGUUUCCCGGUGGAAAUUGGCCGAAAAAAUUGAAGGACGUUCUUUUGAAGAAAGGCGUCGCACCACCUGGUUUGUCGAAUAUAACAACAAUGAUGUGUGGCUCGUGUUCAAAUGAAAAUGCAUUUAAAGCAAUCUUUUUUUGGUACGCAGAGAAAAAGAGGCAAGGCGCUCCAUUUACAAAGGAGGAAAUGGAUAGUUGCAUGAUAAAUAACAAUCCAGGGUCGCCUAAUUAUUCAAUUAUGUCUUUCAAAGGUGCUUUCCAUGGACGGACACUAGGCUCCCUAUCAACGACUCACAGUAAAUAUAUUCACAAAAUUGAUGUACCGGCUUUUGAUUGGCCGAUAGCACCUUUCCCUAAGUACAAAUAUCCCCUUGAUGAAAAUGUUCGUGAAAAUCAGCAAGAAGAUCAAAAAUGCUUGGCAGAGAUUGAAGAUUUAAUAGUUCAAUACGAAAGGAAAAAUAGUCCAGUGGCUGGAAUAAUAAUUGAACCAAUUCAAGCUGAAGGUGGUGAUAAUCACGCGUCACCGGAAUUUUUCCAAAAACUUCAGGCAAUUGCAAAAAAGCAUGGUUCGGCUCUUUUGAUUGACGAAGUACAAACGGGUGGGGGACCAACUGGAAAAAUGUGGUGUCACGAACACUUUAAUCUUGAAUCACCACCGGAAGUUGUUUCGUUCAGCAAAAAAAUGCAAAUGGGCGGUUAUUAUCACAUUCCUGAAAUGAAAGCAAAACAGCCGUACAGAAUUUUCAACACAUGGAUGGGUGAUCCAAGUAAAUUAAUCUUACUCGAAUCGGUAUUGGAAGUGAUUCAACAGGACAAUCUUUUGGAUAGAGUCGCACGAGUUGGUGACUAUACAUUAAAACAAUUAAUGACAAUGCAGAGGGAAUUACCGCAUGCUAUUAAUUCAGCCCGAGGUCGAGGAACUUUUAUUGCUUUUGAUUGCGCGACACCACAGCUUCGCGAUUCAACCGUUAAGAAAUUAUUAUCAAAAGGAAUUCAAUCGGGAGGCUGUGGGGAGAAGGCAAUUAGACUGAGGCCCGCUCUUACAUUCACGGAAUAUCAUGCAAACAUUUUCCUCGAUACUCUUCGUUCCGUUCUCAAAAAUUAAGAAGAAUAACAAAUUUUUAUUAUUUUCUAAAGUUUCUUUCAAACAUCCAGUGUCUUCCAAAGGUAAAACAGAAAAAAUGUAGAGAAAAAAAACUUGUCUUCCAUUUUAUUGAAAAACAAAAUCGUGAGAUUAUUUUUCUACAAGAAAAUGUAUUUAGCAGAUUUUAACCUCGUUAACAAAUAAAAUAUUAUAAAUUCUUUUUUAAUUAUAUAUAUUGAAAAUAAUGUGCAUAUCGAUUUUAAAAAUUAUGGGAAGAAUUAAUAUUUCCCUAUCUACCUCUUGAGAUUUGUUUUAAAAUAAUUUCGAAAAAUGUUGGGAGAAUUAUAUAUAUAUAUUUUUUUUGAAUAUUUGUAAAUUCUGUUUAAGUAUUAAAAAAAGUGAUUCUUUUCUUUA